AACUCAGGUUACGUAUUUUCGAAUUUUAGGAUGGAGGACCUCGAGCGUUUUCUCACAGACAGGGGAGUUCCUAGCGAAAACGUUCAGCUACUUGUUGCUGACAAGAUCGAUCCAAGCCUUAUCCUUGAGAUGAAGGAUGAAGAGCUUUCUAGAUAUAUUCCUACAUACGGGGACAGGCUUGCGACGGUAGUCUGGUGCAAGUCAAGGCAAUUGGAAAACCCAGAAAAACAGACCAAAUCAAGCGGAUUGUUCGACAGAAUUCGAGAAAAAAUGUCAAAUCGAAGAAAGAGGGGUCAGAAAGAUUUUGACUUUCUGCAAGGUAACAAAAACGCAAGAAAAACAUCUCGUCGAAUUAAAGUUGGGUGGAUGGAUUUUGACACGAAGGUUAAUGCCUUUAAGCAAGUGCGGAGUCAAAACGGGGGUGGGACAAGACAUUUAUCAGUUUAUAGGGAUGCUGGACAAGCAGAUAUUCUGGCAGUAGCCAAACAACUGUUCUUUACCGAUGGUGAAAGCAAAAGGGGAAACGAGGCGCAAUUCACUUUCUCCAUCAAAGAUUUUAAAGGGGAAGAAAUGGGCCAAAAAACAGUGGCUAAUGUAUAUGAGGAAACUAAAGUAAAGAUUAUUCGUUUCUACAUGAACACAAAGAAAAAAGAGAAUGAGCAAGAUCUGUCAACUGACGUGGUCCAACACCAGUCUAACAAUGAAUCGGCGAGUCAAAAAAAGAUUGAUGACGGCACUCCAAUUGCUUCUACGGGAACGCCUACUGCUUCUCCUGGGACGCCUACUAUUUCUACUGGGAUGCCCACUGCUUCUACCAGGACGCCCACUGCUUCUACCGGGACGUUUACUGCUUCUACCGGGACGUCUACUGCUUCUACCGGGACGUCUACUGCUUCUACGGGAACGCCUACUGCUUCUCCUGGGACGCCUACUAUUUCUACUGGGAUGCCCACUGCUUCUACCAGGACGCCCACUGCUUCUACCGGGACGUUUACUGCUUCUACCGGGACGUCUACUGCUUCUACCGGGACGUCUACUGCUUCUACCGGGACGUCUACUGCUUCUACCGGGACGUUUACUGCUUCUACCGGGACGUUUACUGCUUCUACCGGGACGUCUACUGCUUCUACGGGAACGCCUACUGCUUCUCCUGGGACGCCUACUAUUUCUACUGGGAUGCCCACUGCUUCUACCAGGACGCCCACUGCUUCUACCGGGACGUUUACUGCUUCUACCGGGACGUCUACUGCUUCUACCGGGACGUCUACUGCUUCUGCUGGGACGUCUACUGCUUCUACCGGGACGUCUACUGCUUCUACCGGGACGACUACUGCUUCUACGGGGACGCCGACUGUUGUUUUCAACUCGGGCAGUGCAAUGCAGUCAAUUUCAACUGAUGAUUCACUACCAGAUCUAGACACUGUUUCAUCAGAAGGCGGGGAAGCCGAACUUGGUGUUGAAGACCAAAAUGGUGAAACUGUAGACAGCACGGUCACAUACAAUGACGUGGAUUCAAGUGAAGGAAGUGACUUGGCAGUAUUUGACAUACCAAGGCAGUCCAACAGGAACCUUGUGUAUACUCGGAGUGACCAGCCACUCCCCCUUCAGCCUCCACCCCUUAGACUUGAGGCCGUGCGACAUUCAGAAAAUCUUCACGAGAUUUUGACCAGACUCGCGUCAGUGAUCAAUAAAGAACGACGGAACAUUGUUAAUGUCACAAGACGUAAUGUAAUGUCAGGUGGCAUCAGAGCUUUCAACAGGCCAUCUUUCAACCCUGAAAAUGGCUUGUCUGUUAAGUUUGCUGGGGAAUAUGCAACAGACGAUGGCGGGCCAAGCAGGGAGUUUUUAAGAUUGCUCAUGAAAGAAAUAUCUUCUCUCCCCAUAUUUACCGGUGACGAGACAAAAAAGAUGCUGGAUUUGAAUUACACUGCUCUACAAAGCGGUCUCUACUUGACAGCGGGGAAGAUGAUAGCAUAUUCUGUCGUACACAAUGGACCUCUUCCACGGUUUUUCAGUCCACUGCUGUUCAGUACGCUUGUUGGCGACAGCCAAAUUCAGCCAAAGAUUGAUGACAUCCAAGAUGUCGCACAGAGGGAAAGUCUACUGAAGAUACGAAAUGCAGAGGAUAUGUCUUCGUUCCUGGAUGCCGUAGGUGGUGCUGAUCAACUUAUCCAACUUGCUGGAUGUUACUCUCUUACUCUCUCCUUAGCAAAGAAGGAAGAACUUUGUGAUGCCUUGAUCCAUUUUAUUGUGCUUGGCAGAAUCAAAGAGUGUCUAGAUCAAUUCCAAAAAGGACUGGCCACUUUGGGAGUGCUUGCAGAAAUGCGUGUUCACAUCAAAGAAGUAAGGGAACUUUUCUGUUUCGAUGAAAAGUAUAAAUUGAACGCUUCCGUGCUUGAAAUGGUGUUCAGUGAACCAUCCUUCUCCGAACCUGGGAGCAACAGGCGCAGAAUGGAAGAAGAGACAGUCAGUUAUUGGAUGGACUAUCUUCUGGACGUGGCAGGUAAUGAGAUAAGAAAAACAGUCGGACGUUAGUGUGUUUAUAAUAACUGUCAUGGUGAACAAAGAAUAUUUAUAACAGCAAAUUACAUGGGGAUAUCCAUAUGUAAAGCUAGAACGUGUUUGAGAGUCCAGAUAACCAGACACGAUCAGGA